UUGAUGAGAAUGAUGAUUGAGUAUCUGGGUACGGAUAUUGACAUGUAGAUACGAUAGGUUAUGAUCACAUAACGCUAAAGGUUAGGUGCUAGUAAGUGUGUAAUGAAGCUCCCUGAAUCAUAAGAUAUUACUGUAGAUACACUCACCUCACUCAGUGAUGAGACACAUCACAUUCGACAUCAACGUACAGACUCAUUACAUGUCACAUAUACAAGCAAUGACUCACCGCAUCUCUCUCUAUAGCUGUCUUAACAUACCUGAGGAGGCGCAUCAUGACCUUGCAACGCCGUCCAGUCCUGUUCAACGCGAAUGCGAAAGAUCAAGUCCACAUCUCAGAAGCAUGCGCAGAGUCGGCAGCACCAUUCCACAAACAACUGCCAGGAUACAGCCACACCACUCUAAUUAAUCUAGAUGAAGUCGCCAAAGAAGUCGGGGUGCAGACCGUCCGACUCAAAGACGAGAGCACAAGACUUGGACUGCCGUCCUUCAAGAUCCUAGGUCUCUUUCGCCCAAGCAGUUGUUUCGCAUUACAAGGGGGGAAAAUCGUCGGCGAAAAUACUGACUGUCGAGCCAGAUACGGCAGCAUGUCUUUACAAAAGCUUGCAGGAAGGGUGAGAUGGUAGUUGAGCGAACAAUCCCUACCAUUAUGGCUGGUCUAGACUGCGGCACUGUUUCAU